AUCACGGACGCUUCUGCCUGAUUCCGGCACGUGCCUCCCGCCUUUAGUCUCCGGUAUUGACCAACCGCCCCCCCCCCCCCGAGGACGCGUACACACACGUCUUCGGGAGUUCUCGUACAGGAUGGCGGCAAACAGCAGGUGCACGAGGAGCCACGCGCAGCGCACAGGAUAAAGAAUACGUGGGCUUCGCUUCCUUGCCCAAUCAGCUGCACAGGAAGUCAGUGAAGAAAGGAUUUGACUUCACACUCAUGGUGGCUGGAGAGUCAGGCCUCGGUAAAUCCACGCUGGUCAACAGUUUGUUCCUCACAGAUCUUCACAAAGACAGGAAGCUCCUCAAUGCAGAAGAGCGUAUCCAUCAGACGGUGGACAUCAUCAAGCACACAGUGGACAUCGAGGAGAAAGGCGUCAAGUUGAGGCUCACCAUCGUGGACACGCCAGGCUUUGGUGAUGCCGUCAACAACGCCGACUGUUGGAGGCGGGUGUGUGAGUAUGUGGAUGAUCAGUUUUUUCAGUAUUUCUGCGAUGAGAGCGGGCCAAACAGGAAGAAGAUCGAAGACAAUCGCGUCCACUGCUGUCUCUACUUCCUGCCCCCCUUCGGACACGGGCUGCGUCCGGUGGACGUGGCGUUCAUGAAGGCGCUGCAAGAGAAGGUCAGCAUCGUUCCUCUGAUCGCCAAGGCGGACGUGCUCACACCCGGCGAAACCAAAGCGCUGAAAGGCAAGCUGAGGGACGAGAUGGACGCACACGACAUCAAAGUCUAUCAGUUUCUACACGGCGACUCGGACGACGACGACGACUCCAAGCAGGAAGAGCUGAAGGUCAGCAUGCCCUUCGCCGUGAUAGGCAGCAACACGGUAGUGGAGGUCAGAGGGCAGCGACUGCGAGGGAGGAUGUACCCCUGGGGCUUUGUGGAGGUGGAGAACCCGAGUCAUUGUGACUUUGUCAAGCUGAGGACCAUGCUGAUCCAAACGCACAUGCACGACCUCAAGGACCUGACCUGCGACCUUCACUACGAGAGCUUCAGAGCACGCUUCAUCAGCGCCAUGAACAGCAAGAUGGCGGCAGAGCAGCGGGCGGAGAGCCCCCUCCCCCCUCCGUCUCUGUCCUCAGAUGAGGCGAGGAAGAAGAAGGACGAGCAGAUGAGGAGGAUGCAGCACAUGCUGCACACCUUGCAGCAGCAGAUGCACCAGCACAGCCUCUGACCUCUGACCUCCACCAAUAUUAGCUUAGCUUAGGGUAGAGUAGACAGACUUUUUCUAACUUGCUACUUCCCAACAUGCAACACAAACUACUGCUUCCUCCCAGCAUGCUUUAAUGGAGCAUUGCACCACAUACCUUGGUCUUCAGUAAGACCACCAAGGUUAUGAUGUAAACGUGUGGCAUUUAAAGUUGGACAAACUCGAAUUAAAAAGUCAAGUUUACACUUUUUUUUUUUUCAAAGUGAAAAGUUGGCAUUGGAAUUAAAGCCGCACCCUAGUUUCCCAAUCAUGUCCAAUGGUAGUGCUAGCUAAAGCACUGCGGGUGUAAUAUACAUUUGUCCACUGGUGGCGCUGUGGGCGCUCAGUAAUUCAACCACAAGAUAAAAACCUUGGUUUUCGCUGGCUAUAGGUUGUUUUUUUUUAUUACUACAUUAAUUACUUAAUUACUCAUCUUGUAAAUGUCACGGGAGGUACAGGUACAUCUGAAAAAAUAAGAAUAUAAUGAAAAAGUUCAAUAUUCAUUUCAGAAUUCAGAAGAGCCAAAUAUCCACAGAGUGAAACGUUGAUGAUUGUGGCUUAUAGAUCAUGAAAAGCCAAAAUGCAGUGCAUCAGAAAAUAUGACAUAAGAUGUCGGAAUUGUGAAAAGUGUUGAUUUCCAUGCAGCCAUUAAUAGCUGGUUGCCCCCCCCCCCUUUCAUCAAUGGAGCGUGGCGUGGAAGCCAUCGCCGUGUGGCCUGCUCGGGUGGAAUGGAAGUCCAGGUUGCUUUGAUGGCGGCCUGUUUCUUUUAGCUGGCGACCAACGGCUGGGAAGAGAUCACAUGCUGAGCCAAUCAGGAGUCUCCCACCGUUUUGGCCGACACCUUUGGAGGGAACUUUGGGCUAUCGAAGUAGUUCAGAUAAGAAAAGGCCAGUUGAUGGAGUACUCUUGCUAGUAUUGGAGAUAAACGUAUAUAAAUGUAUGUGUCAAUUACUGUAAACUGACCUGAUUUGUUUACAAACAAGUUGCCAUGAUGCUAUUUUUUAAAAAUUAUGUCUAAUAUAUAUUUUUUAAAUGUCAAAUAGCUCUGGAAAAGUAUGACUUUUGUCCUCCAUCUUGUCUGCUCAUCCAAUCAGCAGGCGAACUCAGCCUGGAUGCAUUCAUGGUCUCACACAAAGUUAGAUUUUAAAAAACUCAUUACAAAGACGUGCAUUUAAAAAAAAAUUGAGCAUUGUAAAGGGAGCCACAUGCGGCUCUGAAGCCGAGGGUUGCUGACCCCUGACCCAGACUGAGGGAGCAUUUAAAGUCAGGACGUCAUGAGCUGAUUAGGGUGUGACACCACAAUAUUCCCAUUUUCUGAGACACUGCAUUUUGGCUUUAUCAUCCAUAAGCCACAAUCAUCAACAUUUCAAGAAAUAAACGUUUAAAAUAAACGUUUCACUAAGUGUAAUGAAUGUGUAUAUGGCGUUCACAGCCUGAAAUGAUAUUCCCUUUUUUAGAUGUGCCUGUGUAUCGGUUGUAAGUAUCCCAACACUUAUUAACAAUAGAGGAUAACCGCAUGAAGUUCUCCGCUAUCGUUGGUAGAUUCUAAUGUACUGGAUUGCUUUGACUGCUUUCUGGACUGGCUCCCUGCGGGUCAGGCAGGAAUUUAAACAAGGAACCACCUGAAUGGAAACUUUAAGUAAUGUUAGUUAAUGUAAGUAAUAUGUGUGAAAGACAUGUAAUGUUGUCUCUUGCCACUAGGUGUCAAUGAUGUUUAAAGUCAGCGCCCAUUCUUACUUUGA